UUGUUGUUAUUGUUUAAAUGAGUAUUUUCAAAACAGUUGUAACUAGAUUUAUUUACACAAAUGGGCAAACCUACUGGCAAAGCACGGAAUCAUUCGAGAAUGAGACUCGCAACAGGCAAUCGGCUCAUUUGGCAAGUCAGUUUUCUCUUGCUGCUUUGCGCAGUUGCGGCUGCCCAUCUGCAUAUAUUCCUUGAUGUGUGCUUGCACAACGACGUGAAGGUAUCCUGCGUACCGUCUUGCCCAAAGAUCUGCGUGGACAACCUCAUAAGAAGGAAGUGCAGGCCGGUGAGGUGUAAGCGCGGGUGUGUAUGCAAGGACGGCUGGGUGCGACAGGGCUCGAUUACGGGAAAGUGCAUUCGGCGGAGCAGCUGUACGCGAUGGGUCAUCUGAAUUGUUAAACAAUAAUUAGAAUAUAUUUUAUACACAAAUACAAUUAAAAAGUGCAACGCAAGUGUCAGCAUUCAGGCUUAGCCCCACAUCGCCCUUGUCCCACCUUGGCCAGUCGUCAUUUCAGCCACAACACCUGGAAAUUAGCUGCCUCCCAAGCAAAUGCAAUUUAAAGACCACAUUUCACAUUUGACGUAUACCACGUUGGGGUGAACCACCGAAUUAAGUGGCCGAGAUGACAGCACUCGAUGCUACCUGCGCGUAUCUACAUACACACAUGGAUAGAUGGAUGUGUAUAUAAUGUUUGUGAUUUGCCCACCUGGCUUAGGUAUCCGACCAACAAAUAAUCAGGAACCUCUCAGAAAGUGGGCCUAGUAAAAUUCAUAGAUAUAUUACCAGUA